AAUUUCUGAACAAAUUGACCACACCAUGGCCUCUUUAGCUUGCAAUAUCCCCACUUUCUUUGUAAUCAUCAGCAUCCUCUUCUCCUCCAUCAAUGGCAACUCAGCACAGCCACCCACCAGAAUUUGCCCUCAUUUUGACUGUGGUAAUGGCAUUACCAUCAGGUACCCAUUUUGGCUCCAGGCUCUCCAACUUGAACACUGUGGCUACGAGGGCCUGAACCUCUCUUGCCAUGCUCAAAUUCCAAUCCUAAAUCUAUCCAGCGAUCUCUACCAGGUUAGAAGUAUUAAUUACUUGGAGAAUUCUCUCAUCGUCUCUCACACUGAACUCACAGAAACAAACAACUGUCCAAAAAUCCACCAUGAUUUUACACUUACACUAACCAACUCUUAUCUGUUCAACUUCACUUCUGGCAAUAAAUUGCUACGUUUCUUCUAUAACUGUACCUUGUAUCCUCCUUCACUACCAGAUAUAGCUUGUCUUCAAUCCGGUGCCAAGCGUUCAUUCGUGUUUACAAUCGGAGCCAUUCCAGAGUUUGACUGGCACGGCUACUGUGAGUCAACCGUGAGUGUUCCGGUGCUUGAAAAGGCUCUUGAUGAUAAAGAACUUCUUGUUAGCAGCAUUAACAAAGCUUUACCAGAAGGGUUUAAGUUAACAUGGCGAACACCAUCUGGUUCAUGUCAAUUGUGCGAGGCCUUUAACUCCAACGGAUUCUGUGGAUACACUAAUAGCAGUUCAACCGAGAACUUCUUCUGUAUUUGCCCCGAUGGACGCCACUCAAUUAGCUGUCCCCAAGACGUUGUUGUUUCGGCCAGUUUUGAACUGAAUUCCGUUGGUUCAGGUGCCAUAGUUCUUGGUGGGCUGAUGAUUGUAGCAACGGUUUUUUAUUUCGUCCAGAAGAAGAAAAAUUCCUUGUACAAACCAGUUUCUCGUAAAUGAUACAAACAGCAGCAGCCAAAAUUAGACACCCUUGUUCUUCUUAAUUGGUCUGGAUUUUGAUAAUCAGUGAUCUUGUGCUUCAAAUAAAGCUUUCACAUAAGUCUUA